GAAAAAAAUUAAAAACAAAAAUAAAAAUAUAACCUAAAACAAAAACAUCAAAAAAACGCCAUUUCUUACAAUGGCGGGGUUAUCAUCAUCAAAUAAUGUAAUGAGGAUGAACAAAAUUUCUGUUAUCUUUUUUAUUGUUUUUGUCCUCCCUUUCAUUGGCUUGGCAGCAGAAACAAAGAAACAUUCUCAUUCUCAUACUCAUACUAAACCUAAACUUACAAAGGACUACUACACAAAAACAUGCCCUCGUUUCGACGAGAUUACAACUCAAAUAAUAACAGCCAAGCAGGCAGAAACACCAACCACAGCAGCAGCCGUGGUUCGAGUUUUCUUCCAUGACUGCAUGGUGGACGGAUGUGAUGGCUCGACGCUCGUGGCGUCGAACCAUUUUCAUGGUAAGGCCGAAAGAGAUGCUGAUAUCAAUCUCUCACUUCCUGGAGAUGCCUUCGAUCUUGUGACUCGUAUUAAGACAGCCCUUGAGUUGGAGUGUCCUGGUAUUGUUUCUUGUACGGACAUCCUUGCUACCUCUGCUAGGAAUCUUAUUAAGAUGACUGGUGGUCCUUUCUAUGAUGUUCCCCUUGGACGUAAGGAUGGCCUUGUUUCUCAGGCCUCAAGGGUGCUUGGUAACAUAGCACUUCCAAACAUGACCACAAGUCAUAUCAUAGACAUGUUCAAAGCCAAGGGAUUCACAGUUCAGGAGAUGGUGGCUCUUGUAGGGGCUCACACAAUUGGGUUCUCCCACUGCACUGAGUUCAGCAACCGAAUCUUCCACUACAGCAAAACCCAGCCAGUGGACCCAAGGUUGAAUCCGAAAUACGCCGAGGGGCUUAAGAAGCUGUGUGCCAACUACACUAAGGACCCAACCAUGGCGGCCUUCAACGACGUCAUGACCCCUGGAAAGUUUGACAACAUGUACUACAAGAAUCUCCAACGUGGGCUGGGCCUCCUCGCAACGGAUCAGGGCUUAAUCGACGACCCACGAACCAAGCCCAUUGUGGAUCUCUAUGCUUCUAAUGAGACAGCUUUCUUUAAUGACUUUGCUAAGGCAAUGUUGAAGGUGAGUAUGUAUGAAAUCAAAACUGACAAGAAUGGAGAAGUUAGACACAGGUGUGAUACCUUCAACAAACAAUCGGGAGCUUGA